AUGGAUAUCCUCAAGCUCCUGUCGCGAUCAACGAAAAAACCCAACAAAGCCGGGCAAGGGACCAACGCAGCUGCAAAGCUCCCGUCCGCGGGAACCAAUGCGAACCCGCAAUUAUACCACGAUGCGAUCCCCGAUCCUCGAGGGAAGAAGAGGAAGCGCGGGGGCGAGGAGAUAGAAGAGACGCCCGAUGAAGAAGACGACGAUGUAAAUUUCUUUGCCCCGAAGAGCGCUGCUCCCAAACCGAAGAAAGUUGCGAAGACGGAAGAUGCGAAGUUGGAAGCCAGAUUGCUGGACCAGGACGAGUGCCGACGAAUUUUGAAAUCGCAUCGACUGAAGCUCACGAUCUUGCCGUCCGGCAAGAAGGACGAGAAGAAGGUCAAGAAAUCGAAGAAGGCAAAAGUCAGCAAGAAAGUCAAGGAAGAUUACAAGCAGGUGUAUCCGCAACCGCUGGUAGCGUUCGCGGAUUUGAAGAGCACUUAUGGGAUCUCGGGGCGCAUGGCGGAGAAUUUGGUGCAGCAGGGAUACAAAAUUCCGACGGAGGUGCAAAUGGCGAGCUUGCCAAUUUUGUUGCGCCCGGAGGUUGCGUUGGGGGACAGUGAAUUGGAGCAGAUGGGAGCUGAGGUGGAUUUACUGGCUGUGGCGCCCACGGGCAGCGGCAAGACACUGGCAUUUUUGAUCCCGAUUGUGGAUCGCAUCAUACAACGUAGGAGGGGUCAAAAAGAGGAGGACAAGGCGACUCAUGGGCUGGAUGCUAUAGUGGUGGCGCCCACGAAGGAGUUGGCAAGCCAGAUUGUGAAUGAGGCGAAGAAGCUGAGUCUGGGGACUGGCGUUAAGGUUGUGGGUAUGAAGAAGGGCAUGAGGAUCGUAGAAGGCGGUGGUGCUCAGGAACAUGGUAAUGAAAGCUCGAGCGACGAGGACGACGUAGAGGAGAUGGAUGGGAAGAAGACAUCACAACCCAUCGUAAAAGGCGAUAUGCUGAUCACAACUCCCGGUCUCAUCCUCCGCGCCCUCUCCACCUCCGAACCAGGAAGAAACCAUUCCUUACCGUCAGUACGAGCCCUCGUCCUCGACGAAGCAGACGUCCUGCUUGACCCCCUCUUCCGUGAUCAAACUCUCGGCAUCUGGUCAUCAUGUACAAAUCCCUCGCUACGGGUAACGCUCUGGUCAGCAACCAUGGGCUCCAACAUCGAAGCCCUGGCCUCCUCCACUAUCCUCUCCCGCCGCUCCUCUCUCUCUCUCCCAAACACGCCUAUAAUUCGCCUGGUAGUCGGCCUCAAAGAUUCUGCCAUCCCCAACAUCACACACCGUCUCGUCUACGCCGCUACCGAGCCCGGAAAACUGCUCGCCCUCCGCCAGCUGCUCCACCCCACAGCGGGAUCUGACCCAAAAGCCAUAUCCCUCAGACCGCCAUUCCUGGUAUUCACGCAAACCAUCCCCCGAGCCGUGGCAUUGCACGCCGAACUUCUCUACGACAUCCCCUCGGAAGCCGGUGGCUCCUCCCGCAUCGCCGUUCUGCACUCGGACCUCUCGGAUUCCGCCCGCUCAGCUGUCAUGUCGCGUUUCCGCACUGGCGAGAUCUGGAUCCUGAUCACCACCGACAUACUCUCCCGCGGCGUGGACUUCCGCGGCAUCAACGGCGUGGUGAACUACGACGUCCCCAACUCAGGGGCGAGCUACAUUCACCGCGUUGGGAGGACUGGACGGGGUGGCAGGGAUGGCGGUGUUGCCGUGACGUUCUAUACGAAGGAAGAUAUUCCGUUUGUGAAGAAUGUGGCGAAUAUCAUCGCAGCGAGCGAGAAGCAGGCUGGCAAGGAGCCGAGCGAAGCGGGGAUGCAAAAGUGGCUACUGGACGUGCUGCCGACGCCGAGAAAGGAGGAGAAGAAGAGGUUGAAGGCUCAUGGGGUGGAGGCGAGACGUGGGGGCUUGGGAGGGAAGAAGGACGAGAAGGGAAACGGCAAGGGCAAGAAAGGCGGCAAAAUUCUGAUCAGUACCAAGAGUGGUUAUGAGCGGAAGUUGGAGCAUAAUCGGAAAGGUGCCAUUGCCGGAAGUCGGCGCAGGGCGAAGGCUGAAGCUGGGAAUCCGGUCGAGGAGGCAUCGGUAGAUGCGGCUGAUGGCGAAUGGGGUGGUAUCGCGGAGUGA